UUUUCCUAAUUAUUCAGUAGGAGUUAUACAUUUCUUCUAACAUAUAAUUUUUUAAAUAUAAUGUAAUUUACCAGUACUUAGAAAUAACUACAAUAUUCAUGCAAAAGUCCUUUGACCAAACAGUUUCCUAAUGGAUCGUUUAAAAUACACCACAUUUUUAAUUGACACAUACUUCCAUAUUCAAUUAUAGUACCCAUUCAAAACAAAGGGUUGAUCUCAAUUGCUUUCUCCAAAUAGCUGUAACAUAAUCACCUGUCGGUGUGGACAGAGUUUCUGCUGGGUUUGCUGUGCUUCAGUUGAGGGCUUCAGACAUUUCCAAAAUGGCAUAUGCUCUCUCAUGCCUGGCUUGGAAACUGCAGUAGUGCCUACAUUACCGCCAGAUGUGAGUUAAGCUUUGGAUAUUACCUGGCAAAUAUACUACGGGAACAAAGGACUUUCUUUUAUGCCAGGGUUUUAAUUUUUGAAUGUCUCUAAAUUAGAACCAAAAUGUGCUUAGAUUUCAAACAACUUACAAAUUAAACGUUUAAAAAAAAUUAAUAAAGAUUUUAAUAAAGUAUUCAUAACAGGAACACAUGAUGUAACCAGCGACAACUAUAUUUUGUUUUUGAAGAUAAACCACUUUUGUGCAAUUAUUUUAAACUAAGAACAUUAAUUCUUUUGGUUUGGUUAAUUUGGUUAUUUAAGAAUAUGGCUACAACUCAAUGAAAAAUUUAUGUUAUCUUGUAAGGAAGUUGAAUGCAGUUUUAAACUAUCUUUCUCAGGCAUAAUCAGAGAUAUAAAGAGUAAAAGAAAUCAUGGUGACUUUAUUCUGCUAGAUUGUAAAAUUUGGAUUUUAAUUGUUUAUGAACUUGGGGCGGCCCAAAAUUUCAGUUUAUGACCAAUAAAAAAAGUUAAAUCACUCCUGUGUUUUUGUUUGCACAGGUUAAGCUUCAAAUACAGGCCCAGCUAGAAGUGAACCUGGACUGUGGGAAAAAGCGCUGCCACUGCCCCAUGUGUAAGCAGGUCAGCCUCAAAGGCAGAGACAACAACAAUCAUAUCAGGUGCUGGAACUGUAAGAGUGACUUCUGCUUUCUUUGUAGGCAGAGGAUCACGAGCAGUGUCACGUCUCAUUAUUCUGGACCUUGCGUUCAGCACUCAUAGAGUGUUGGAUUUUCAUAGCAGUAACCAAUUUUAUACAGCAGAUGUUUUUUUGUUGUUUUUUUUGUAAAUUAAAUCUAUUGUAUUUGUUAAACAUUCAAUAGAUUUUGAUUGUGUUGAAAUUACUGGAGGCAUUUAAAUUAAUUUAUUUCAAAGCUCAUUUAAAUUUUUACCGUUAAAGUGGUUUUACAUUGGAAAUAAAAUACCUUUGGGUUUCUUUCAAAAUAUUUAUGUUUUAUAAUGGCCUGCUCUACAUUUGAGAUAUCGUUUGUUUUAUUUAAUUACUGUAAAUGAUGUGUAAAGCAGUUGUCCAGAGGAAGAGGAGUAGAUUAGAAUAUUUUUUUUGCUUUAAUUAAAAUGAAGAUGAAUGUGAAAUUAUAUUAUAUUUACCAUAAUACCUGAUUUUGAUUUGUUGGUAGAUGCAAGUAUGUAUUGUCCUGCAUUUAAUUUGAUAAAUACUAAUAAAAUAGCCAUUGUUUUGGAAUUGGUGCUGCCUAAUGCAAAAUUAAUUAUGUCAUUAAUCUUUCAAAGUGCCAUGAUCUCUUUAAAUGAAUAUUCACCUUUGUGAACUUUUUAGUUUGUUACCAUAAAGCCCAUUACAGUUGCUGCACAGAGUAUUCUUGAUAUACCUAAAUGUGAUCAAUUUAAUUUACAUUUUUAUAAAUGCACCUUAUAUUUAUAUAUCAA